GAGGUGCGGAGCACUGUGCAGCACAGGUUGUGCGAUUGCAGCGGUGUCGCAAGGCUCCUUCCCAAAAGCCUGCAGCUUAUCUACUUGCUGCAGCGUGAUAACGCAGCACGGAGGCAAGCACCCUGCCAGGAGUGAGGUGGAAUUUCAACACGAGCUGCCUGAGGAAACCAAGCUGGAGCCACGCAUGUUUGCUGGCCCAAUUUAGGAGGCAAAAAGAAGAGCUUUGCUGCUUAGGAGCAGGAAAUAAUCUUAAAAACCAAAAGCUUUUCUCAGCCUUAGCUUGUCAGGAGUCUUUUAAUGUGCUAACAAAAUCCUGGGGAAAGGAGAAAUACAGUGCUGAGAAUUUUAUUUAGCUUUCAAAAGGGUUUUGAUGAAGUCCUUCACAAGAGGCUAUUAAAGAAAGUGAGUCACCUCCAGGGUGAGGGGUAAAGUCCGCCUGCAGAUGAAAACUGAGGUGGGAAUGGGAGGCAAAAUAAGAGCCGGUUCUUAGUGUGGAAGGAGGUUAAUGGGGGGUUGGCCAGGUUCUGUAGCAGCUAGGGUUCUCUAAACAUCCUAAUGAGCUAGAAGAGCAGGGGAACAGCUGAAGUCCCAACAUUAUUUAGGUUAGCAAGGAAAAGAAAGAGAAGGAGCCAGAAGCCUGGGGCCCUGGAAGUAUUGGUUGAAGCUGCUGUGCUGGAAGGGGGCUUUUGUUUGAAUCCUUCACACCACCUCCCUGUGUGGGCACUGCUGCAGCCCAUGAGCGCUCCUGCACCAGGCUUAGCAGGCAGCUCUGCACAGCAGCUGGUGGGGAGAUGGGCACGGCCGGCUGCGGGGAGCCUUCCCCUCCUUUGGUGGCGAUGGCUGGUGGGGUCCCUUUCCCCACGUGUUAAGGCACACAGCCACUCAUCACAGCUCUUCUCAUCCCCAGGCAUAGGGAGGCCAGCAGCAGGUGGGACUCCUUCCAAAAACAGGUGGGUUUCUACUGCUGACAGCCUUUCUCUGGCCUAGGCAGAAGUGCAGUUUGCUGGGCAGCAGCAGCCCUCUCUGCUCCCUCCCAGUCUGUCAGAGAAACCAUUCUAUGACAGGAAAAGGCAAAUUAAUUAAAGUGUUCAGCAUGUGAGGCGUCCGCCUCUAAUUGGGAUCUUGGUGAGCAGCACGCAAUGUGACACUGCUGCCAGCCCUGCACGGGGCUCGGCGCACGGCGGGGGACGGCCUCCGCCUUCCAGCUGCUCCCCUCAGCCAUCCCCAGCCCCAUCGUGGCAGCGCCCCUUCCUCUCAGCCCAUGGAGCAGAGACCUCUGCCCGCUGCCACAGUGUGCUGGGCACCCUCCAGAGAGCGCAGGGAUUUGUUUCCCUGCCACAUCCUGAGCAGGAGCCUUUCAUCUGCUCCUGCCUUGGACGGGGAGCUGUGGGACGAUGGGGCCAGCAGGAGGAGCGCAUGGUGCUGCCGCUGGGAGAGACGGAUGGACUUCGGAGCUCCAGGACCUGCUGCUUUCUCAGAUUUCCUCUUCCAGAAGGAGCUGUUUGCUGCCAGAGACACAGACCCCAUGCACAACCUCUCCGCGCAGCCCUGGCAGGCGAAGAUGGCCAACCUGACCUAUGACAACGUCACCCUCAGCAACCGCUCCGAGGUGGCCAUCCAGCCCCCCACCAACUACAAGACGGUGGAGCUGGUUUUCAUCGCCACGGUCACCGGCUCGCUCAGCCUCGUCACCGUGGUGGGGAACAUCCUGGUGAUGCUGUCCAUCAAAGUGAACCGCCAGCUCCAGACUGUCAACAACUACUUCCUUUUCAGCCUGGCCUGUGCCGACCUCAUCAUCGGAGUCUUCUCCAUGAACCUCUACACUGUCUACAUCAUCAAAGGCUACUGGCCACUGGGGGCCGUGGUGUGCGACCUGUGGCUGGCCCUGGACUACGUGGUGAGCAACGCCUCGGUCAUGAACUUACUCAUCAUCAGCUUCGACCGGUACUUCUGUGUCACUAAGCCCCUGACGUACCCAGCCAGGAGGACCACCAAGAUGGCGGGGCUCAUGAUCGCAGCCGCGUGGAUAUUGUCCUUCAUUCUCUGGGCCCCUGCCAUCUUGUUCUGGCAGUUCAUUGUGGGCAAGAGGACAGUCCACGAGAGGGAAUGCUACAUCCAGUUCCUCUCCAACCCGGCGGUGACCUUCGGCACGGCCAUCGCUGCUUUCUACCUGCCCGUGGUCAUCAUGACGGUGCUGUACAUCCACAUCUCGCUGGCCAGCAGGAGCAGGGUGAGGAGACACAAGCCCGAAAGCAGGAAAGAGAGGAAAGGCAAGUCCCUCAGCUUCUUCAAGGCUCCCCCAGUCAAACAGAACAACAAUAACUCCCCCAAGAGGGCCGUGGAGGUGAAAGAGGAGGUGAGGAAUGGGAAGGUGGACGACCAGCCCUCAGCACAGACAGAGGCCACUGGCCAGCAGGAGGAGAAGGAGACCUCCAAUGAGUCCAGCACAGUCAGCAUGACCCAGACCACCAAAGACAAGCCCACAACGGAAAUCUUGCCAGCGGGACAAGGACAGAGCCCGGCCCAUCCUCGGGUGAACCCGACUUCCAAGUGGUCCAAGAUCAAAAUCGUCACCAAGCAGACUGGGACCGAAUGCGUCACCGCCAUCGAGAUCGUCCCAGCUAAGGCAGGAGCCUCUGACCACAACUCCCUGUCCAACAGCCGCCCUGCCAAUGUCGCCAGGAAGUUUGCCAGCAUCGCCAGGAGCCAAGUGCGGAAGAAGCGCCAGAUGGCAGCCCGGGAGAAGAAGGUCACCCGGACCAUAUUUGCCAUCCUGCUUGCCUUCAUACUCACGUGGACUCCGUACAAUGUGAUGGUCCUCAUUAACACCUUUUGCGAGACCUGCGUUCCUGAAACCGUGUGGUCCAUCGGCUACUGGCUCUGCUAUGUCAACAGCACCAUCAACCCAGCCUGCUAUGCCCUCUGCAAUGCCACGUUCAAGAAAACCUUUAAGCACCUCCUCAUGUGCCAGUACAGGAACAUUGGCACGGCCAGAUAAGCUGGUGCUCAGGGACCACUUCAGCAACGUUCCGGCAGUCCUCCCCUUUGCCUCCUUCACCUGGAGGGGUCCUCUGCUCACUCUCACACAAGUGCAGACUGCGAAGUGCUGACAGGUGAUGCCCUUGAAUGCUGACAAAAGUCCACGACACCUCUGAGCUGCAGCUCCCCCAGCCACCUCGGGCCCAGGGACUCACUGAGGGGCUGGGGAGGAAGGUGAGCUGAGGCCAGAUGUGCUAACCAGGAGCCCUCCCAGCUCCCCGCCCAGGAUGUGUUGGCCGACGGGCAUCAGCACUCCUCAUCAGACUGGCUCCUCUUCUCCCUGUGGCUGACCGUUUCCUGGCUGUCAGAGCUUGUUUGCAUGCAAACAGCCUAACACCGGGUGCUUUCAAUAGCCUUGUAGACCAUUUACUACCCAAGAUGAAAAGAAACAGGGGGCAACUCUUGCCAGCCACUUUGGGCCAGGCUGGCUUGGGUGUGCGCACAGAAGGCCCUCUUGGACUUUCCAGUCAUAAGGAAGCUGGGGCUGUGCCCAAGCAGCAGUGGUGAGCUCCCUCCACGCCUCAGUGUCACCUCCUGGCCUAGACACCUGCGGGGACAGUGUGGGACACCUGUCCCACUGUGGCAGCCCCAGAGAGGACACAGGAGAUGACUGCUGAGCUUUGUAAAUGGACGUAAUCCCACGGCCGCUGCUGUCGCAAAGUCCUCAGCAUGCGGGGUCCCACCAGCCCCUCCUGGCCCUGCGUGCGCAGCCCAGGCCCCAUCGUGCUGUUGCCCCACUUCUGCCAAGGCUGGGGCUCUGCUGAAAUGUGGGGGCACUGCCAUGUCUGUAUGUCUGUCUCACUUCAUGCCAGGGCAAUGCCGUGCGACGUGGAGAAGGGCUGCCCUGCCCGCCUCACUGCCGCUGCCUUUAGGAUCCUGACAUAGCGUUACCCACACUGCCUGGCAGGUUGGCUGAGGGUUUUGGAGAAGUGUUACAGCUACAGCUGACCCCCAGCAAAUAAAGACCUCGGACCAGAAACCAAA